UCUCUCCACACGGCCACACACGAACGGACGCGGCCUCGCCUCUCAUUAGCACCCCACCAGCUGAAGCUCCAUCCGCACUACAAAUACUCCUGCGGCGGCUAGCUCUCCCGGUCCAAUUAAUCCCAAUAUCCCCUGCAUCCAACCAACAAUUCAAGCUUUCUCUUGCUUGUUUCUCCGUCGACUACCAAUUCUCCAAGCUAGCGUUGCAUGGUAGCAGGCGCACGGUGAUCUAUGGCGAGGACGUCCAAGAAGAAGCAGCAGCAGCAGUCGGCGUGGGUGUCCCUCUUCGGAAGCUGCCUGGGCGGCAGCAGCGGGAAGAAGAAGGCGGGGAGCGGCAAGGUCCGGCCUGGCCCGAGGUCGACGAACAAGCACGGGGAGGAUGACUUGGAAAGAGGCUCCGUGGCUUCGGCGGUGGCCGGGCAGCGCAUGUCGUUCACGGACGUGAUGAGCGCGGCGUCGGACCAGGAGCUGUCGGUGUCGCUGGUGGGCUCCAACCUCCACGUGUUCACGGUCGGGGAGCUCAAGGCGGCCACGCAGGGCUUCCUGGACUCCAACUUCCUGGGCGAGGGCGGGUUCGGCCCCGUCUACAAGGGCUCCGUCGACGACAAGGCCAAGCCGGGCCUCAAGGCGCAGUCCAUCGCCGUCAAGCUCUGGGACCCCGAGGGCACGCAGGGGCACAAGGAAUGGCUGUCUGAGGUGAUCUUCCUGGGGCAGUUCCGGCAUACGAACCUGGUGAAGCUCGUCGGUUACUGCUGCGAGGAGGACCACAGGCUGCUCGUCUACGAGUACAUGGCCAAGGGCAGCCUGGAGAACCAUCUCUUCAAAAAGUUUCCCCCCGUUCUGUCGUGGUCAACCCGGCUGAACAUUGCGGUGGGCGCCGCAAAGGGCCUCGCCUUCCUUCACGACGCGGAGAAGCCCGUUAUCUAUCGCGACUUCAAGACAUCUAACAUCUUACUGGACCCGGACUACAAGGCAAAGCUCUCAGACUUUGGGCUCGCUAAGGAUGGGCCAGAGGGCGACGACACUCAUGUCUCGACACGUGUCAUGGGCACCCAUGGCUACGCCGCGCCAGAGUACAUCUUAACUGGUCAUCUAACGGCAAAGAGCGACGUCUAUAGUUUCGGAGUGGUUCUCCUCGAGAUCCUCUCAGGCAGGCGGGCCGUGGACAAGACCAGGCCCAACAGAGAACGCCAUUUGGUUGAGCACAUGCGGUCGUGGCUUAAAGACCCACAAAAGCUGGGCCGAAUAAUGGACCCUGCACUGGAGGGUAAAUAUUCUACCAGUGGGGCUCAUAAGGCGGCCUUGGUAGCGUAUCAGUGCCUAAGCGGCAGCCCAAAGAGCAGGCCAGACAUGUCCAAGGUUGUAGAAGACCUGGAGCCACUGCUGAGCCUCAUAGACGACGGGCCAAGUGAGCCGGCCAUGUCUGUGGCCUCACAGGAGGACGCUAGGAAGGAGCGAACAGCAAGGAGAAAAAAUGGUGAGAGGGAGAGCAGCAAUGGUGUUCAUAGGCAUAAAGCCAGGUCUCCAAAGAAAACUGACAGGAGGAGGGGUCCAGGCAAAAGUGAGGAGUUUUGGGAGUGGCACAUGCCCGGGAAAGUCUAGUUUUAACGGUGCUGCCAUUCUGAUUGUAUGAAAUGUUGAGUGUAAAUGUUGAUGGGUGGUACACUGCCUUUGACCAGGGAGGUCAGGAUUGCGCCCCUGUUUCUAAUUCCAUUGUUUCUUUAGUUGCUAUUGCCUUGGCGUAUCGUUUUACUGCAUCCUUUUUAUUACUGUGAGAUCCAAAA